AUGAAUUUAUUUAAAGAUCAAACCUAACAUACAAUAACUUAGAUUUAGAUAAAUCCUGAUAUUUUGUAAAAUGGCAAAUUUGAAUAACUUGGUAUACUAUGGGAUUACUAUUGGAACAGAUAUUUCUAAGUUAAAUUCUAUAUUGCAUAAACAAAAAAUAAGAAAAUAAAAUACUCAACUAAUGAUGAGUUUAGUUUAAGAGUGUAUUGAAUAUUAUAAAUUCUAAUUUAGAGAUUCAUUAGAAAAUUUUACUUAAAUAUUAAAUAACUUGGAAUAGAUCAAAUAUCUAUUUUGGUUUGAAAUAUAAAAACCUAAUUUAAAUUAACUUGGUAGAUGGGCAGUAAAUUGGAAAGGCAAAGUCUUACAAGAUAUUGGUGGAUAGUACUCUAAUGGACUAAAGUAAGGCUUCUGGAAAGAACCGAUAUAGAAUUAUUGGACGUAAACAUAAAAUAAUAUUGUUAGCUUAUCACAAGCUUAUUAAGUUGGAGAGUAUUAAGAUGGUUAAAGAAGUGGAACAUGGAAAUAUGAAUAUGAAGAUAAGGAGAUGUAUUAUGAAAUUUAAAUAUCAUUUAUAGAGGUGGUGGAAAAUAUGAUGAUAAAUAUUUAAAGAAUGGUAGAUGGAUUGAAUUAAGUGACAAUUUUUCAAAGUAUUGGAUAUCUUUAAUAUUUAGCAAUUCUUAUAUCACUUAUAGUGGUGAAUAUAAAAAUGACAAAAAAAUUGAUAAAUGGGAUAUUAAUUACAGAUUUUCAAGUGUUUAUCCAUUUGAAUAGAUGUAUAAAAUUAUUUAUAUCAAUUUUAAUAUAGUGGUGGUGGAUCAUACAACAUGUAAGGGAUUAAGGAUGGCAAAUGGAUAGAUUUAAUUGAUAAUUUCUAUCGGUAUAAAACAAUAAAGAUUAUUCAUAAUUAUUUAGUUAAAAAUAAGUUACAUUUAAUGGAGAAUAUUAAAAUUGUCAAAAAGUUGGUAGAUGGGAUACUUAUUUUAGAGUUGAGGGUCUAUUUUAAAGUGAAUUUUAAUUAAUGUAAAUCAUAUUAUUAUUUAUUUUUAAAUUUAGUGGCGGUGGAUCAUAUGAGAACGGGGGUAUUAAGAAUGGUAGAUGGAUUGAGCUAAGUGAUAAUUUUUAUAAGUAAUUAAAUUGUUUACUAUUUUAACUAUAUAGUUAUAGUUAAGUUACCUAUGAGGGAGAAUACUAAAAUGGAAAAAAAAUAAAGUCAUGGGUUACGAUAUAUAAAUAAAAAGAUUAAUAAGAAUAAAUGUACUAAAUUAAUUAUUAUUUAAUCUGAUAUUAGUGGUGGCGGAUAUUAUGAUGUUAAAGGUAUUAAGCAAGAAUAUUGGAUUGAGUUGAGUGAUGAUUUUAGAUAGUAUUAAAAAUAAUGAUAUUAUUAAAUAGGGAUAGCUAAAUCACUUAUCAUGGUAAGUAUAAAUAAGGAAGAAAAAUAGGUAGAUGGGAUAUCAUUCUUAGGAAGUCUAAUAAAUUUGAAUAAAUGUAGUUUAAUUUAUUAAUCAACUAUAUAAUUUUUAGAGGAGGUGGUUUUUAUAAUGAGCAAGGUUUUAAAAUUGGAAGUUGGGUUGAAAUUAACGAGUGUUUUUCUAAGUAAUUUAAUAAAUAUUUUAUCAUCUUUUUAGUUUAAGUUAAGUUAUAUAUUAAGGAGAAUAUUUUUUUGGAAAGAAAACUGGUAAAUGGAAUAUCUAUUGGAAGUAGAAUAUAUACUUGGAAAAAUUGUAUCAAAAUAAAUUAUUAUUUAAUUUUUUUAUUAGAGGUGGUGGAUUAUAUGACGAUAAUGGUUAAAAGAAGAGGAUUUGGAUCGAAUUGGCUAAUGAUUUCAAUUAGUAAUUAAUAUAUAUUUAUAAUAUCAAUAUUAGAGAUAAAUAGGUCACUUAUUAAGGGGAAUAUAAUUGCGGAUAAAAAGUUGGUGUAUGGGAUACUUAUUUUAGAUUUUCUGAAAGAUUUGAAGAAAUGUAAAUAUCAAUAGUAUCUUCUUUUAUUUUUAGAAGUUGUGGAUUUUAUGAUUAAGAAGGAAUUGAGAAUGGAAUCUGGAUAGAGUUGGAUGAAGAUUUCAAAAUGUAUUAAAAUUGUUAAAAUGAAUAAUAAUAAUAGCUCCAAAUAAAUCAUUCAUUAGGGACAUUAUAAAGAAGGUAAAAAGAUUGGAAAAUGGGUAGAAUUAAAGAGAGAAAAAUGGAAUAUUGAGUAAGGAUUUAAAAAAUAGUAUAAAAUAUUAUUUAAAUUAAAGAGAGGAGUUGAAUUAUCAAGAAUGA